AGAAAACAAAACUACCUUAGCUUGAUCAAUUUCCAACUUCUUGAAUUUGCUCAACCAUGGAAGCUUUCAAUGCUGCUUCUAUAGCCAUCCCUUUCCCUUACACUUAUAGUAUAACAAAUGUUGCCACUUUCACUCCUUUUCCUCCUCAAACAACAAUUACUACAACAAUCUUUCCUCCUACACCUCCUACUAUCAUCACCACCUCUUCCUCAUGGUUAGAUAGUCGAAUAUGGAGCCGACUUCCGCAACAACUCUUGGAUAGGAUCCUCGCCUUCCUUCCCCCACCCGCUUUCUUUCGAGCUCGGUCCAUUUGUAAGAGAUGGUAUGCCCUUUUAUACUCCAACUCCUUCCUUCAACUCUACCUUCAAGUCUCUCCUAGACACCAUUGGUUCAUUUUUUUCACCCACAAAACACCCAACACUAACAUCAUUUACAAAAACCACAUCAACAAUAACAAUAAUAAUAAUGGCCAAGAAAGUACUAGAGCUUAUCUAUUUGACCCUUAUGAGGUUAAAUGGUACACCAUUCCUUUCCCACUUAUACCACUAGGGUUUUCACCCGCUACCUCCUCGGGUGGGCUUGUUUGUUGGAUAUCCGACGAACCCGGGUUUAAAAACCUCUUUCUCCAUAACCCAUUAGUCGGGUCUGUUACCCAAUUACCACCCGCCCGUCGACCUAGGCUAUUCCCUUCUAUUGGUCUAUCUAUUACUCCAUCAUCUGUAGACCUCAUCUUAGCAGGAGAUGACAUGAUCUCCCCCUACGCGGUGAAAAACCUCACUGCGGAGACAUUCCACAUUGAUCCUAGUGGAUUCUAUUCGAUGUGGGAUACUACGUCCUCACUCCCUAGACUCUGUAGCCUUGAGUCAGGUCAGAUGGUUCACUCUAAUGGGAAAUUCUACUGCAUGAAUUACAGCCCUUUCAGCGUCUUGGCCUACGAUGUUUCGUCUAAUGUUUGGUGGAAAAUCCAAGCUCCUAUGAGGAGGUUCUUAAGGUCACCAUGCUUGGUGGAGAGCAAGGAGAAGCUCAUCUUAGUCGCCGCGGUCGAAAAGAGCAAGCUCAACGUGCCGAGAAGCCUUAGAAUGUGGGUCUUACAAGGGUGUGGGACACAAUGGGUGGAGAUUGAGAGGAUGCCACAGCAGUUGUAUGCUCAGUUUGAGGAAGUGGAAGGAGGAAGAGGGUUUGAUUGUGUUGGGAGUGGGGAGUUUAUAGUAAUUAUGAUUAAGGGUGUUGAUAAUAAUAACAAUAAUAACAAAGGAUUGUUGUUUAAUAUUGAGAGGAAGAGGUGGGUUUGGAUGCCUUCAUGUCCAAGUAACUUAUCAUGUGGGCUUAAUCAUCAUGAUGAUGAGAUUAAUAUGGAGGGUGAUUUGCAUGGGUUUGCUUAUCAACCAACGUUGGCUGCUCCUGUUACUGCAUUAGUUCAGCAACUAGCUCUUCCUUUUCAGUCUUUUAAUGAGUAGAAAAGAAAACUUUUGUUUGAUGUGAUCAAAAACUUAAUUAGUACUAUUAAUUAGCUACUUUGGUGUUGGUGUAUGCCUGUAUGAUUUAGUUUAGUAGUGUAACUUAGCAGUCUUAGCCAGGCUUUUGUAAUAUAUAUAUGUAAGAUAUAUUAAUAGAAGUGUUUAAUGUUUAGU